GAACGUGUCAAAUAUAUUAGGAUAAACACAAAAACGAAAUCUGAUACAGUUUGAACUAGAAAAAUCGCAACAAAAAUUAUUUCACUCGGAAAAAGAAUGGUUUCGUUUGCAAAAAUUCCCGAUUUGGUCGGUUAUUUGGUGUUAACCGAAUACGGUGCUGUUCUUGAAAGUGAUGGCGACUUGAAAAACGAUGAAAAUUGCGCAAAUAUUAUCACUUCAAUCAUCAACUUAGCGGAUAGUGCCGAUGAGAAUACAUUGCCAAAGAGUGAUUGUCACCGAAUUUCGGUUAUCUUUGAAAAUCACAGCUAUACAAUUUGCCUGUCGAAUAAAAAGAUCUAUGUAGCCAAGCGUGCAAUACAUGGAGUCAGUCAUCAACAACAGUCAUCUCCGCCAGUCACAACCAUUGGAUUUCAAGCAGACGACAAUAGUUCGAAUUCGGAUCUCAAUGUUCAACAAUCGGUCUGAUAUUGAUUUGUUAAAGUUGAUUCAGAAAUAAAAGUCAUUUGUUUAUAUCAUGUGUUAUCAUUAAA